UGUUGCAAACUCAUCGUCGAAUGUCAAACUGCGCUCGCUCAAAUCCAAACAGCACCAUCAUCAGCUAUCUCUCUGCUGCACGCCUGAAGAACAAAAGUGGAAAAUUGCGUGAAAAUCGUGAAAUUUGAGUGCUAAAUCGUGAAGAAUUCAGUAGUUUUACCGUGAAAGAUGAUGGGCCUUCCGAACGUCGCCGGCUAUCUGGCCGAACAGAAGAAAACCACCGACAAAGAGCUGGCAGCCGAGUGGACGCAAAUCGAGGAGUUGUACAAUGAGAAAUUGUGGAACGAGUUGACCAUCAAAUUGAAUACCUUCGUCAAGAAUCCGGCACUGCAGAACGAGGAUGCCCUGCUGACGUUGUAUCACAAUUUCAUCUGCGUCUUCGAAACAAAGAUCAACCCGUACGGUCUGGUGGAGAUCCUGACGGUGGUGGUGUCGCACAUUGCAGACAAGAAGGAAGCCAUUGCCUUCCUGGAGAAGCUUAAGGAAAAGGUGAAAGUUUGCGAUGAGGCCCUCUGGAUGUGCAAAGUGCUCCAGGGCCAGAUCUAUCUGGAGGCGCUGAACGAGCUGGACGAGACCAAGAAAAUCAUCCUGGACCUGAAGGACAUACUGGAGGAGGCGGGCAAUGUGACGCCGGUGCACGGAAAGUAUUAUAUGCUGGCCGCUAACUAUUACAGAUUGGUGGGUCAACACAGUGACUACUACCGGUGCGGAUUGCAGUUUUUGGGAUGUUCGAUGGACAGCUACCCCAAGGAUCAGUGGCCUCAACAGGCGUUCUUCUUGGGAUUGGCCGCCCUGCUCGGCGAAGGCAUUUAUAACAUUGGGGAACUGCUUGCCCACCCCAUCCUGGAAUCCUUGAAAGGAACUGAAAACGAGUGGCUGGUGGAACUGCUGCAGGCUUUCAACUCUGGUGAUAUCAAUAAAUUCGAACAGAUGAAACCCAAGUGGAGCACCAUCGCGGACCUGGCCGCCCAGGAGGUAAAGCUCCGCCAGAAGAUCUCGCUCCUCUGCCUGAUGGAGAUGACCUUCAAGCGGCCGGCCAACAAGCGAACCAUCACCUUCGAGGAAAUCGCCAAGGAAGCCAAACUGCCCAUCAAGGAAGUCGAAAUCCUCAUCAUGAAGGCGCUGGCCCAGGGUCUGGUUAAGGGAGCCAUCGACGAGGUGGCCGGAGUGGUCAACAUGACCUGGGUGCAGCCGCGAGUCCUCGAUCGGAAACAGGUCGCCGCCAUGGCCUCCACCCUCGACAUCUGGAUGGCUUCCAUCACCUCGAUGGAACAGCUGAUCGAAAGCCGGGCGAGUGAAAUCCUCACGAACUGAAAAAAGGACAGCGCCGUAUUGUUCUCAUCCGCGGAGGUAAAAUAUUGAAACUAGUUUUGUACUGUUUUGAAAUAAAAUCUUAGCACUUAUAUAUUAAUGGAAAUAAAAAA